UUUCCAUUGAUAUGGGCCAAGAGGAGUGCUUGUCCCAAAGCAAAGUAAAGCAUGAGGUGCUGUCUGAGACAUGUGGGUGGUCGAGUUAUUUUGUGCAGUUUAUCAUGAUGGGCAUUCAAGACUGAGGAGGAUAAGGGAAUGAAAGGGUAUUCAUUACAGCCUGGGACACAAAGCAGUAAGCUCGCCUAUAGGGGGGGUGAAUUUUUUUUUUUUAAGUGCAGCAAUGACCCGACACCAUCCCUCCUCCUCCUCCUCCUCCUCCUCCUCCCUCCUCCUCCUCUUCCUCCUCCCUCCUCCUCUUGCAGCAUCCUUGUUGCCGAUGAGCGUCCCAGCCCAUCCCGACAAACACCUCCUCUAGAUAUGAACCCACCUUCAUCAUCAUGUGAAAACAAAUCUCUUCUCAUCUACAGGAAAAAAGAAAACCCCCCUUCAGUUUAUUACACAUGCUUUUUUAAAACGCAGCCCCAAAUGACAUCACAUUGCUGCAGUGCUGCUGCACUGUCCGUGAAAGGUGUCUCUAUCUCAUUACCAAGAAUUUCAUCCACUUGGCUCUGAUCUGCUCUGCUCUGCUCAUCCAGACAUCAUCAUGGCGUGACAGCAUGUAUUCAUUUAUAUCGGGCUCUUAUUACGCAGGUGGACGCCUGCACGAGGAGUAAAGAGGCGCAUGUUCAAAAGGCUGUUUCUCUCCUCUAGGACACUAGGCGAGAUUUCCUGCCACAUCCCAGCCUGGAGACAUCGACGCGCAUCGCUUUGUUUGGACGGACCGAGCCAUGUAUGAGAAGUAAUUGCGCGCAUCUAGUAUUAGAGGAGAAAGAGAAAAGGUACCAGUGCAUUGGGUGGGAUUCCUUCAUUCAUUGCGCUUCAGACAAGGGGGGAAGUUAUGACAACAAAUGGCUACAGUAAUGGCAAACAGCUGCCAGUAGAAAUAGGAUCUGUAGCGCAGUAAUUACCAGAGUUUUCCACCUUUUUUUUUUUUUGGAUGGACUUGAAGCCUUGAAUUUGACGUUUCAACCUUCAUUUUUUUUUUAUUCUAAGAGCGCAGCCUCAUCGAGACUGCAGUUCCUGACUCUCCCAUCUGUGCUGCAAUUCAAGUGUGAUAUUUAUUGGGGAUUUUUUAAUCAUCAUCCAUCGUAUAUUCCUGCGUUUUUUUGGACUCUAUACGACCACGUACUGUCCGCUUUAACCUCCUCUCGAUCACGGCUCAGGACGCACAGCCAAGGACUCUCUCCUGAGCUUUUUUGGGGGGAUUUUUUAUUUUUUUUUCCAGCUUUACAGUUUGUGCCCCCUUAACGCCUCAAUCGGAUCGUACAGGGAUUUAAGGUGGGGUUUUUCUUCUUUCUAUCAUCGCGACGCAGGUAACAGCUGGAAGAUAUCCCACUCUUGUCUCUUGUUGAUGACACUUCAGCACUGCACAUUGUCGCUCAUCACGUCCGUUUGGGGAUUUUUUUUUCCAUCCAGCCCCUGAUGAUGAGAAGGUUUUUUUUUUUUUUUUUUUUACUCGUGAAUUUGGAAUAAAUUAACUCCCAUCCGAGAGUCGCUGUGAAUUCAUCCAGUGAGACAAGUGUUGUGUUGUGUGUUGUGUGGACGGAGGAAAUCAUGUGCGAUCGGAUCAACCCUUUGGCGUCUGCUGCGUUAUUAGUGCCACUUUUGGCUGCUUUGAAGUGAACCCUGUGAGGAGCAUCCAAAACGACACAGUAUUCUGGUGGUGUUUUCCUGAGACGCCAGUGGUGGGAGUCGCCUGCCUCAGCUCUGACUCUCUGACCGCCAGCUGAUCGGGAUGCCGAUGUGAAACCCGCGAUGGAGACCGGGGCUUGAUAUCUGGACCUGGAAACUGAUCAACAAUGGACCGUCUGGUUCUGUGCGUGCUGCUGAGCGCAAUCCUGGUGAAGGGAUACAGCUGCCCCGGCCGCUGCAUCUGUCAGCACCUCUCCCCCACUCUGACUCUGCUCUGCGCUAAGACCGGUCUGCUGUUUGUGCCCCCCAGCAUCGACCGCAAGACCGUGGAGCUGCGACUCACGGACAACUUCAUCACCAUCAUCCGCAGGAAAGACUUUUUCAACAUGACCAGUUUGGUCCACCUCACCUUGUCCCGCAACACCAUCAGCCAGAUCAUCCCGCAGUCCUUCGUCGGCCUGCGGUCCCUGCGUGCGCUCCACAUGGACGGAAACCGCCUCAGCGUGAUAAAGACUGACCACUUUAAAGGCCUCAUCAACCUGAGGCACCUCAUCCUCGGGAACAACCAGAUCCACAUGGUGGCCCCCACCGCUUUUGAUGAGUUUGUUUCCACUAUCGAGGACUUGGAUCUUUCCAACAACAACCUGCGCGGCCUUCCCUGGGAAGCCAUAGCCCGAAUGACCAACAUUAACACGCUCACGCUGGACCACAACCUGAUCGAUCACAUUGGCGUGGGGACUUUUACGCUGCUAACCAAGCUGGUCCGCCUGGACAUGACCUCCAACAGGCUGCAGAAGCUGCCGCCAGACAGCCUGUUUCAGCACGCACAGGUCCUGUCUGACACCAAGGGCUCCAAUUCCAACACGCUGGUGGUGAGCUUCGGUGGAAACCCUCUUCACUGUAACUGUGAGCUGCUGUGGCUCCGCAGGCUGACGAGAGAGGAUGAUCUGGAGACCUGCGCUUCGCCAGAGCACCUCAUGGACAAGUAUUUCUGGUCCAUCCAAGAGGAGGAGUUUAUCUGCGAGCCUCCGCUGAUCACCAAACAUCUUUCCACUAAGCCCUACGUGAUGGAAGGACAGGGUGUGACUCUUAAAUGCAAAGCAGUGGGAGAUCCAGACCCAGAUAUUCACUGGCGGUCACCAGACGGCAAGCUGGUGCAUAAUAACUCCCGCACCAUCCUGUAUGAUAAUGGCACCCUUGAUAUUCUCAUCACCACGCUGAAGGACAGCGGGGCAUUUAAUUGUGUGGCGUCCAAUGCCGCAGGCAUCGCCACAGCUGCUGUUGAGAUCAACAUGAUCCCCUUACCCUUGUUUGUUAACAACACGGGCCACAUGCGCGAGGACCCCGGCCUCUCCGACAUCACCACGUCCUCCAAAUCUGGCAAUGACACCAAGGGCUACGACAAGCAGGACAGGAGGGUGAUGAUCACCGAGCUGACCUCCUCCUCCGCCGUGAUCCGCUGGCCGUCCGAGCGCCACAUCCCCGGCAUCAGGAUGUACCAGAUUCAGUACAACAGCACGGCAGAUGAUACUUUGGUGUACAGAAUGAUCCCAUCCACCAACAAGAACUUCUUAAUCAAUGAUCUGGCCGCAGGCCGGGAGUAUGACCUUUGUGUUCUGGCGGUUUACGACGACGGCAUCACAUCAUUAACGGCCACACGUGUGGUCGGCUGUGUGCAGUUCCACACGGCAAGCGAGGUCAGCCAGUGCCGCUUCAUGCACAGCCAGUUCCUGGGAGGCACCAUGAUCAUCAUUAUUGGUGGUAUAAUUGUUGCUUCGGUGCUAGUGUUCAUUAUCAUCCUGAUGAUCCGUUACAAGGCCUACAGCGGCCCAGAGGACGGCAAGACCAAGGUCAGCUCCAGCAUGCACUCGCAGACCAACGGCAGCCAGCAGCGGCUCCAGCGCUCCGCCUCCAAGCAACCGUCUGAUGAGGGCCAGCAGCGUGAAGCUCACGCACCCAAAGAGUGCAUGGCGCUGGUGCUGAGGGUGAACAAUGAGAAGAGGGAGGAUCCAGCAGGCACCACCGGCAUCCUGGAGGUGGAGCUGCCUCCCCUGACUGUAGACAAGAUGAAGAGAAGAACCAGCCUGGAUGCUCAGCGCUCUGGCCCCCCAUCUGAGGACACGCAGACGGACAGUAGCCUGACUGGCUCCACCAUGUCCCUGUGUCUCAUAGGCCCUAACGCUGGCACCAAGGAGGCCCCCAGGCUCAAGGACAAGAAAAGCACCCUGGCCAACAUGGGAUUGCUCCCUAAUGAGCUGGCACGAACUAGGCACAGAUUCUCCUUUGACGGAGGGGAUUACUCCAUUUUUCAGAGUCAUAGUUACCCACGCAGAGCGAGGACGAGGUGGCACAAGUCCACCAACCAGCUCAACAUGGAGUCAUCGCCGCUCGCCAACAGGAGAGUUACGUUCAGCAGCACUGAGUGGAUGCUGGAGAGCACAGUCUGAGGAAAGCAAUGUAGCCGGGGGGGGAAAAAAACGGCUCAGCCGCACACAUGUAAAAACACAAAUAUGUCUACAUGCCAUACACUUUUCCUGCACACAGCAAAUGAUGAACACAAGCACAUUUACGUACACAUGCAAACUCUCUGUGAGUUGCUGGAGAAGAACACCGUCUCCCGUCAUCCUGCCUCCCCGUCAUACUCCCAGAGAGGUUCGUUGGCCAUGUCCUUUCUUUAUGCAGCAGUGCCUUAUUCAAAAAAAAAAUGUACGAAUGGAGGAUGCUGCUCACUGUAGUCAUAAACCGUCCUCUCUUAUCAUCGCCUCCCGCCCUGAUGAUGGGAAGCAUUUCUUUGGAUUUUUAAUUUUCUCCUUUUUUUCUGUGACAUGCCAAUGGGGUGUGGCGUUUGGAUGUGACUGUUUAAUUGUUAAAAAAGAAAAAGAGAAAAAAAAAACUUCAUCAUAACUGUAAAGUGAACAGCCAGGUAUCCUGUUAUGUCAAUCAUGUUUUGGGUUCUUUCAACAACAAAAAAAAAAAAACUUUUGCACAGAAGACACGAGAUACAAGGACAAGUAUCACCACCAGUCUAUACAAUAAUAAUAAUAAUAAUUAAAAAAGAACAGGAUUUUACACAUGCCGAUUUCUAAUGUUAGCAUAGAGAGGAUGGACCUGGAAACCAACCGCGGAUUCCUCUUUGACGGUCGGACUGUAUGAUGUUAAAUAGGUAUUGUUCCAGAUGUGACUGUAUAUUAAUCGGUACUGUAUCUGGCUGGUCUAGAUAAAAAGACAACAAACAAAAAAGACAUAUAUAAGUAUAUUAAAACAUUUGGUGUAUGUGUACUAACUAUGUAAGUAAGUAAGUCAUAUGUCACAUGACUUUUUACAAAGCAUUUGGGUGUUGGCUGCAAGUUUUUACAUUAAAAACCUGUGUCAUCACACCUCUCCCUAUUUAGUAUGUCAAAGUUUGGACCAUUUAUCCCCUCACGAAGGGUAUUAAAUUUUUUGUGUGGGUUAAUAA